AACAAUAGAUUGAUAUAUAAAAAUAAAAUGUUUGUUGUUUUAUGACAUCAAAUUUCUAAUUUAUGUUGUAUUUAUAGUCAAUUACUUUAAUUUUUAUUAUUAUUAUGUCAGCUGAAAAGAGAAGUGGUAGUGUAGACAAAUCUGAAGAUGCAGAAGACGAAGAGUGGAUUGGGCCUAUGCCUUCAGAGGCGGCAAAACCAAAAGCUAAGAAACGAAAAGUAUUGGAAUUUGAAUCUCUAUACUUAGAAAAUUUACCAUCUUCCGAGACAUAUGAGCAUAGCUACAUGCACCGUGAUGUUGUCACUCAUGUACUGGUCACUAAAACAGACUUUGUAGUCACUGCGAGUCAAGAUGGUCACCUUAAAUUUUGGAAGAAGCAGGAGGAAGGUAUAGAGUUUGUGAAACACUUCCGUUGCCACUUGACAACAAUCAGUCAUGUGUCAGCAAACAGCACCGGAACACUACUUUGUACUGCAUCUACUGAGAAAGCCAUCAAAGUCUUCGAUGUUAUUAAUUUUGAUAUGAUCAACAUGAUUUCAAUUGAAUUUGAACCAUAUUGCACGGAGUGGGUUCACUCUGCUGGAGACCCCAUAUCUGCGUUAGCUGUAUCAGAAAAGAACACAAGCAAAAUCCACAUAUUUGACGGGACGCAAGCAUCAGGCACGCCUCUUUACACGUUCGAAACACUGCAUCAACAUUCAGUCAGCACCAUAAAGUACAAUCCCGUGUACGAAACAGCAGUGUCCGUAGACAAAGCGGGCAUAGUAGAGUAUUGGACGGGCCCCAAAUAUGAAUAUAAAUUCCCCAAAAACGUCAAGUUCAAAUCCAAACUGGAUACGGACCUGUUUGAUUUUGUGAAGAACAAAACCUUCCCGACUGCUUUGGACUUUUCGCCUGAUGGAAAGAAAAUGGCGUCGAUCAGUUUGGAUCGGAAGGUGCGCGUGUUUAACUUCCUGUCCGGCAAACUGCAUAAAGUGCUGGACGAGAGCUUGCAGCGAUUCCAGGAGUUGCAGCACCAGACACAACAAUUACCCAAUAUGGAGUUUGGCAGAAGAAUGGCGGCGGAACGGGACCUGGAGAAGUCGGAUUCGGUGCAUUUGGCCAACGUGUUGUUUGACGAGAGCGGCCACUUCGUGGUGUACGCGACCAUGCUCGGGGUGAAGGUGGUGAACCUGGUCACCAACCGCUGCGUCUCCAUGAUCGGGAAGCCGGAGAAUUUGAGGCCGCUGCAUUUGGCGCUCUUCCAGGGUCGUACAAAUCAAUCGAAGGUAGCGGCAACUCUAGAAAUGGAAGGGUCAGAGAACCCUGCACUAUUGAAUGUGAAGACUGAUCCUACGUUAUUCUGCACUGCAUACAAGAAGAACAGGUUCUAUAUGUUCUCACGGCGGGGUCCGGAUGACGUCAAGAGCCCUGACGUAGACAGGGAUAUAUUCAAUGAGAAACCCUCCAAGGAGGAUAUCAUAUCAGCCACAGAAGGCCAAGGCGUGCAGCGAGUGUAUUCAGAGGCAGUGAUCCACACAUCCCUCGGCGAUGUUCACAUACGACUAUUCGGUAAGGACGUGCCUCGAGCUGCAGAGAACUUCAGCGGGUUGGCUCGCGCCGGCUACUACAACGGGCACAUCUUCCACCGCGUCAUCAAGGGCUUCAUGGUGCAAACUGGAGACCCCACCGGUACCGGCACCGGUGGCGAGAGUAUAUGGGGCGGCGAGUUCGCUGAUGAGUUCCGGCCGCACCUGAAGCACGACCGGCCGUACACGCUGAGCAUGGCCAACGCUGGGCCCAACACCAACGGCAGCCAGUUCUUCAUCACCCUCGCACCCACGCCUUGGCUGGACAAUAAGCACACAGUGUUCGGACGCGUUGUGAAGGGCAUGGAAGUGGUACAGAACAUCGGCAGCGUGAAGACCAACCCGAAAACUGACAAGCCCUACGAAGAUAUUCGGAUCAUCUCCAUCACAGUCAAGUGAAAUUUAUACGCACACUUUAUUUAUAUUGUCAACCGGGUCUUAACACGAAUAAUUUUUU